AUGACUAAAGAAAUGGUGAAGAAAGCGAUAAGCACUGCUUGGACGUUGCGCAGUGCUUGCCCUUUGAACACAUGUCGCUCCUUGCGCGAGGCGGGCAACGGACCGUUGCGGCGGAGGAGACAAGGAAUAGCAACGGAGUCCGUGAUCAAGAACUCCUUUCUAACCAAGGAGUACUAUGAAAAAACGAAAAAAAAAAAAAUCGACCUCUUCGACUUUGUGCCCCCUGAAAAUUUCGUGUCCUCGUAUUUUGAAAAGCUAGAUAAGUGUUACUCGAACCCACGGUCGAUACUGCGGCUGUACAAGGACUACAUCGAGAAGGAGGAUUAUCCAAAUUACAAUUGGCUAGUGAGAUGUUUCUGCCAGCUAGCCAACGUGUUUGGGUUUAACUCUUUUUGGAGUGUAAAGGAUAAGGAAGCCAUUCACGAGCUGAAGUUAUUUAAAUUUUUAGUGUAUGACUUGAUUGAAAGGAAGGAAAGAAUUAAAGCGAGACACUGCCCCAGGUUAUUAUACGCAAUGUCCUGCUUAGAUUAUAGGUGCUAUUAUCUCCUACCAACAAUAUUAGAAAUGAUAGAAAGUCAUAUGGAAAAAUUCCGAGUGCCAACUCUUUGCAUGAUGAGCUUCUGUUUGUCUUACCUAGGGUUAACAAACCAGGAAGUUCAAUUUGGAUCCCACAAUAGUCUCUCUCGAAGUUAUAACCUAAUAGAAAAAAUACUCAACAAUAUAUAUGACAGGAGGGAUGAAGGGAAAGGGGACAUGACUAAUUUCUGUUGGUCAUUAUUAGCUUACGUUCUUGUCCUAAACAACAUGUAUGAAUUUCCUCUUAAGGAUCACAAUAGGGGAAAAAUGUCUAACACUUUUUUACCAGAAAUUUUAAAGAAUGCAUGUGAAGGAUUAACUAAGGAAAAUGUAGCAGAGAGUGGGUGGAUCCAAUAUUACCUCUAUAUGACCCUCUACUGCUGUGAUGUUGAAAAGCCAAGCAACGAAGGCAUGAUAAAGGAGAGUGUUCCAUAUUUCAUUCAAGAGUAUUUGCAUCUAAAAUGGCUAGAUAAUAUAUUAAUAACUGCCCAGAAUCAAGGGUCAGAAAAAAUGCAACUCGAAAUGGAAAACAUUAUACAAAAAUUACAAUUAAAAAAUUUCUUCAUUAAUUUAUCUGUUGGCAGGAAAAUAGAUGAGCAGCAUUGCUUUUUCACUUCCCAUUUUUAUAAGCCUUUAAAUUUAUGCCUCGAGUAUGACUAUUUCCACCCCAUUGGAUUUAACAGACCACUGGUUAGUGGAACCAUAUCAUUAAAAAAUCGAAUUUUUAAAAAGCUAAAUUUUAACGUUGUUAAUAUUCACAAGUGCUUUUGGGAUACACUUACAGAGGAACAGAAGGAAUCGCAACUCGUUCGUGUUUUGGAAGUGUUUCAAACUGAGCAUGGUGGGGAGAAGCAACAACAGCAGCAGGGGGAGCUUUACAAAGAGAAGUACUUCGAAUCGGAUUUGCUGCACUUGAAGCAUAAGCGGGUUAAAUUUCGUAGUUGGCCGCCUGAGUACAUAACGGUGUAG